AUGGAUUAUGGUCUGAAAUCAUAUAGGAUUUCAUGCCAUGGAGUUCGUUGUAAUUUUGUUCCCCCUAUUAGAUUGGUUGGGAGCAAUGUUGGAAACAUAACUUCAAGGGCUACAGGAAGGAAUGAUGAUGCAUUAGAUGACUCAACAAAGCAGCCUUCAUACACACAGACAUUACCGCAUACAGAUGGCGAGCUUCCUGAAAAAUUAAGGAAUCUGGAACCUCAUCUGAUUGAGCAUGUUAGUAAUGAGAUUAUGGAUCAGGAUCCUAAUGUCUGGUGGGAUGAUAGUGGUUACAAUGAGAAGCACCAACUUUCCUUCUAUUUCCUUUUUUCUGGUAUCUGUGGAAUUCUUGUUAAUUUAAAAUCAUUGCUUUACAAUGUUUUAGCCGGUUUGGAGCAUGCCAAAAAAUGUGUGAAGGAUAUGGAUAUGGGAACAGGAAAUACAAUGAUUGGGAAAGUUAUAGCUGGAGAAGCAAAAGCAACCUUCUUCUAUAUAUCUGUAACUUAUUUUCCAGCCUCAGUACUUGAAAAAUCUGAGGUGCAGCUUAAUGAUAGAUUGGUUUCUUUUGCUUUCCUAAUUGAAAUGGAAAGCUUUGACAGUGGUAGUGAGCAAAUUCUACUUAUAGGUUACUCUGAUUCUGCCAUGAAAAACUCAGUAAAGGAUGCUUCUAUGGUUCCUCGCCGAGAAGCUCUGAGACAGGGCAUAGAAAUAACAGAACUGCAAAAGGAGGAUCUGCAACCAGUAACUCUUCAGGAUUUUGAGAAUGCAUUGCAUGAGGUGUGGCUUUCUGUUUCUUUGAAAGAAAUGGAAUAA